CUCUAGGCGGACUGUUACAGAUCCCCGAUCUCCGAGCGUCGCAAGAGAAAUUAAUCUUACAUGGAAGCUGUCAGAAGCUACUUAGGUGGAACCAAGUACAAGGCUUGUGGGUGGGUGCAGUAUAUUUACCUUUCUGGGAUGAUCGUCGGCUAUACUAUCACAGCAUCGAUAAGCAUGGUGAGAGACCAUGAUGGGGAUCCAUGCAAGUUUGCGAACAAUCCUAACAUGAUUGCUCUGGGGAUUCUUGAAAUUUUGGUCUCUCAAACCGAAACUUUCACGAGCUCUCAUGGCUCUCCACCGUCGCUGGCUCGCUGCUGUCAUGUCUGUUGGGUAUGCAUUUAUCGGUAUAGGACCUCGCCUUUGCAAAGGUUGUGUCAGGUAAGUUUUAACGCAAUCAAUAUGUUCGAUGUAAUUCCCAAGCCACUCCUUGUUCAACAGUUCAAUGCAGCAGAUAAAGUCUGGACGAUGCUCAGGGCAGUUGGAGACAUGGCAUUUGCUUUUGCAUAUUCUACUGCUUUGAUUGAAAUCCAAGAAACAUUGAGGUCUUCACCACCAGAAAACCAAACAAUGAAGGAAGCUAACACAAUAGGUGUGUCUACAGCAACAACUCUAUGCUUGUUUUGCAGUUGUCUGGGUUAUGCCGCUUUUGGUGACCGUGCGCUUGCUCAAACAGUAUUCAAUGUAGUUGAAGCAUGGCUGUACUCGCUGUGGCCUGAAUCGAAUCUCAUAACAAAAGAAUACCCAGUAAACAUUGACAGGAGAAAGCUCAGUUUCAGCUUAUUGAGGCUGGUAUGGAGAACAUUAUUUGUGGUGAUGGCAACAGUUCUUGAAAUGGCAUUGCCUUUCUUCAAUGACAUCCUUGCUUUCCUUGGGGCAAUUGGGUUCUGGCCCAUGACCGUGUACUUCCCUGUGGAAAUGUUACAUUGCUCAGAAGAAAAUCAAACGGCAGUCAAAAAGUUGGGUUGGACACUUGGACUCUAGAUUCUGAACUCUGUUUGCUUACUGGUUUCAGUUGCAGCAGCUUGUGGCUUCUUGUAUCUGCAGAGCUCUGCACAUGUCCUACCAACUCACUCUGGAGUAUACCUGUAAAACCAUAGUGAAAGCCAGUAAUUAAUGUGGCACUUACCAUGGUGCUGUCUAGUUCUCAUCCCACAAGGACAAUUUUACUGCAUGCAUCAUCUUCCAAACAUUAGGUUGUUGAAUUCAAACUCA